CCAUGUGGGGGUAAAAAAAACUAAUCACCAGUAAAAAAAAAAAAGUUGUUACGGAAAGUUUUAACAACAACCAAAAGUAGAAGACGCUGUUUCAGAUCGUCGUCCUCGCGUACUCCGCAUCUCAAGGGAUGCGUUAGGAGGCAUCGGAAGGAAACGACACGUACGACUUGAUGUGUUUGGAUUGAUUAACGAUAGACACGUUAGACACGUGUGUGUAGUCGGUGUACAUGCGCGGAGAGUUUAGGAACCGAAUUCGCCAUGUCGAAUCGGUGUAUUCGCUAACUGGUGUAACUAGUAGUCUAAACUAGUAUAUACCGGCUGACUAGAAGUCUGAUCUGUCUGUCAAGGUGAGACACGGGGACGCUUGAGGGAGAGGAUACCGGAGAUGGAGUUCGAAGAGUCGGGGAUCGGAGAGGAGUGCGGGGUUUUCGGCUGCGUCGCUGCCGGAGAGUGGCCAACGCAGCUAGAGGUUGCACAGGUGUUAACUUUGGGACUUGUGGCGUUACAACACAGGGGCCAAGAAAGUGCUGGAAUUGUCACGAGUAAUGGAGCCAGCCCACCAAUUUACACAGCCCUCAAGGGAAUGGGCUUAGUGAGCAGUGCUUUCCCAGCGGAAGCCCUUCUGAAGCUGCGUUAUGGUAACUGUGGUAUCGGGCACACUCGCUAUUCAACCACAGGAAUCUCAGAGCUACAGAACUGCCAGCCCUUUGUGGUAGACACACUGCAUGGCAAGAUUGCUGUAGCACACAAUGGGGAGCUGGUCAAUGCUGCUGCUUUACGCAAAAAGGUGAUGCGCCAUGGUGUAGGCUUAUCCACCAGCUCAGACAGUGAGCUUAUUACCCAGCUACUGGCACUGACUCCACCUAUGGAGGAGCUAGAUGCUCCUGACUGGGUUGCAAGAAUAAAAAAUCUGAUGACCGAGACGCCUACGUCAUACUCACUACUGGUCAUGUACAAAGAUGUUAUCUAUGCUGUCCGUGACCCUUAUGGAAACCGACCCCUCUGCAUUGGACGGCUUGUUCCUGUUUCUAAAUUACACACUUCAGGUAAUGGAGAGGGGGACACUGAGGGCUGGGUGGUGUCAUCAGAGUCCUGCAGCUUCCAGUCCAUUGGUGCAAAAUACUACAGGGAGGUCUUGCCUGGAGAGAUAGUCCAAAUCUCCAAACAUGGAAUUAAGACCUUGACCGUUGUCCCUCGUCCUGAGGGAGACCUUCCUGCCUUCUGUAUUUUUGAAUAUGUUUACUUUGCUAGACCAGACUCCAUAUUUGAAGGACAGAUGGUUUAUACUGUCAGACAGCGCUGUGGUCAGCAGUUGGCCAUUGAGGCCCCAACCAAUGCAGAUGUGGUCAGCACUGUGCCAGAGUCUGCCACCCCUGCUGCACUGGGUUACGCUCAACAAUCGGGGCUGCCAUACAUAGAAGUUCUGUGUAAGAAUCGCUAUGUUGGGAGAACAUUUAUCCAGCCAAACACCCGUCUGAGGCAGCUGGGAGUUGCUAAGAAGUUUGGAGCGUUGACAGACAACUUUGCAGGGAAGAGAGUGGUUCUAAUUGAUGACUCCAUUGUCAGAGGAAACACCAUCUCUCCCAUAAUAAAACUGCUGAAGGAGGCUGGGGCAACAGAGGUCCACAUCAGAGUUGCCUCUCCACCUAUCAGGUUCCCAUGUUACAUGGGUAUCAACAUUCCAACUAAGGAAGAGCUUAUUGCCAACCGGCCUGAAUUUCAGGACAUUGCAGGAUACAUUGGUGCUGACAGUGUUCAGUAUCUGACUGUAGAGGGCCUGGUGUCUGCUGUCCAGGAGGGAAUUGCCUCCAUCAGUGAAAAGGAGAUGAUCAGCAAUAACAAAUGCAGCAAGAGAGUUGGCCACUGUACUGCCUGCUUGACUGGUAAAUACCCAGUGGAGCUUGAGUGGUGAUUGCUGCAGCACUGCUGCCUUGUGACACAGAUCCCAAAACCUUUAAUGGUUAAUGAAAUGUAAUCUGCAGAUCUAACCUCAGAAAUGCCUAAAUUGUGUACAAAUAACUGGGACUUGACAUGAGAUCAAAUAAACGCACAACAGCUUGUGGUGAUGCAAUAAUGUAUGAGUGACGACUACCCUGCCGUGGGCACAUAUUCCAUUGAACCCAAUGUAUUUUCUGACCAGUCUGUUUCAUUUUGUACAUUUUUUUUUAUUGCUUUAAGCUGUAAUCCAACAUGGGCCCAUUUGUUAUAAGUUCCUGUAUGAUUAAAAUGUACCACUCACCACCAAAUGUCAGUUUAACCCUCUCACACGCCUCAAGUUUUUGCUUACUUUUCUUUAUUUGAUUUACUUUGACAGAUCUUUGUUGUAGUGUUCUGUCUGAAAGGGUUUUACUGCUGGAUCUUCUUGUUGACUGUCAUGGUCUUCUAAGUCCAACACCACAAUGAGGAAUUCAUUGAUUUUAUAGUCCAGGGGCCAUAUUCAUGAAACAUUUUAUCUUACCUAGAGGUCUUCCAAAUAGCAGUAAAAGUUUCUAGCUAAGUUUCCUCUUAAAACCUAUUCACAACUCUGCUUAGACCAACCUUUACUAAGGAAUGGGAAGAAAUAUUAAGCUAAGACAAAGGGUGGGGUUGACCUCAUUGCUAUGGAUGAUGUCGUGUUUCAUGGACAAGCUUACUUACUGUGCCCAGAGUGACUGACUGAUAGGGGAUGGGUCUCUGUCAGUGAUUUCAUCAUAGAAAUACU